AUGGUGCCCUUUUGGCCAAAGUCGACACCCUCACCCGGAAAACUCGGGCGCACAGCUUAUCUAGACGGUCUGAGAGGUUUCGCAGCAUUCAUUGUUUACUGGCACCACCACGAACUAUGGGCUCAUAGAACGACCAAUCAGAACCAUCUGCUGGAGAAUAGCUUUGGGUACGAAGGCAAUCAUCACCUCGUAGCCUUCCCAUUCAUUCGCGUAUUCUUCAAUGGUGGCCACUACGCCGUUGCUACGUUCUUCGUCAUCUCUGGAUACGCUCUGUCGAGCAAGCCGAUGCGUCUCAUUCAAGAAAGCAACCACCUCGACCUCGGUGCUAGCAUCGCGUCGGCGCUCUUCCGAAGAUGGUUUCGUCUCUGGGUUCCUCUGAUGAUUGUCACUUUCAUCUAUGUCAGUUCAUGGCACCUACUCGGCACGUGGGUUGAGGAUACCACACGACAGGACACCUGGUUGCAGGAAGUCUGGGUAUGGUAUGCCGAAAUGAAAAGGUUCAACUUCGUAUUUGGUGACGAUCGUCAAUGGUUGUCAUACGACAUGCACCUGUGGUCUAUCCCUGUCGAGAUGAAAGGCUCAAUCAUCAUUUACACAGCGCUCAUGUCACUGUCGAGAACCACGAAGAAUGCACGUCUUUGGUGUGAGGCUGCAUUGAUUUUCUACUUUAUAUACAUUGCUGAUGGUUGGUUCGGAGCCAUGUUCAUGUCGGGCAUGCUGCUUUGCGAUCUGGAUUUACUUGCGGAGAAGCAGCAGUUACCACAGUUCCUGGGGGGAUUGGCACCGUUCAAACUCUUCAUUUUCUAUCACCUUCUUGCAAUCAGCAUGUAUCUUGGUGGGGUUCCCGAAUGCGACUCGACCGACAUCUCCAACUUGAAGAAGCAGCGAGGUUGGUAUUAUCUGUCACUAUUGAAACCACAGGCUGUUUUCGAUUACAAGUGGUUCUACUUACUAUGGGCUGCGUCAAUGCUUGUCGCAUCAGCUCCACGUAUCAAGUGGUUGAAGAGCUUUUUGGAAACGCGGUUCUGUCAGUACCUUGGCCGUAUCUCCUACGGUCUCUACUUGGUACAUGGUCCAAUUAUUUGGACACUUGGUGAUCGAGUCUAUGCUGCCGUUGGAUGGCAUGGAGGCCUUCAGGUGGAAAACCUGAGUAAAUGGGUCGAUAGGAUACCGUUACCCAAAACUGGAUUACUGGGUCUGGAAGUUGCGUUCAUGCUGCCACAUAUUGUGCUAUUGCCAGUAACGAUAUGGGCUGCCGAGAUUGUAACAAGGCUUAUUGAUGUACCAAGUGUCAAGUUCUCGCAAUGGCUGUAUGCCAAGGCAACACCGAGCGUGUCUGAUAGAACAGGCCCAGUAGCGUGA